AGACUCUCUCUUCCCCAAAUGAGCCUCUUUCUGUACCACGGUCGUUCUUUAUCACCUAGACAGCCUCGCAUCCAACAUCUUGUUGACAGUCUACCGUGAGGUACACAGAUUCUCUUCGUUGUCUCCACAAGUUUCCUAGCGCAACACCCAGCAAAAUAAGACACUGCUGAUUGUCUUCUACUACUUCACACAACAGAGGGUACCCAGACCUAAAAACGUGCUCAAACACAUAAAAGAGCGUUUCCGCUGCGCUCACAACAACGAAUUUUUUUUUUUUGGUGGCUGUAGAAACUCACACAUCACCAUGCAACAGCAGCAGCAGCAGCGCGUGCAUGUGCCAACUGAUCGCACAGAGGAGCCCGCAGCGGCGAGCACGUCGAUCGAUGCAGCGCACAAAAACGAUGAGAUGCGCGAGGAAACGGCGGCUGCGCACCCGCUAAUAGAGGUGGAGCGCCUGGCAGAGUACGGUAUUGGCGCUGCGGACAUCACAAAGCUGAAGCAAGCCGGCAUCUUCACUGUGCCCGGCGUGCAGAUGCAGUGUAAGAAGGACCUCAUCCAGAUCAAAGGGCUCUCUGAUGCCAAGGUGGACAAGAUCAUCGAGGCGACGCGGCGCGUGUGUGAGGUGGGCUUCAUCACCGGAACCUCCUAUCUGCAGCAGCGCAGCAGCAUCACGCGCAUCUCCACCGGCAGUACCGCGCUGGAUCAGCUGUUGGGCGGCGGCGGCAUCGAAAGCCGCUCCAUCACCGAGGCUUUUGGGGAGUUCCGCACCGGCAAGACGCAGAUCGGACACACCCUCUGCGUUACCUGUCAGCUGCCGCUGGAGAUGGGUGGCGGGAAUGGCAAGGCGGUGUACGUAGACACCGAGGGCACCUUCCGACCGGAGCGCAUCCGCCCGAUUGCCGAGCGCUUCGGCCUGGAUGCGGGCGCGGUGCUGGACAACAUCCUCGUCGCACGCGCUUACACGCAUGAGCAUCAGGCGCACCUGUUGUCUAUGGUGGCCGCGAAGAUGGCAGAGGAUCAAUUCAGUCUGCUUGUGGUGGACAGCAUCACGGCCCUCUUUCGCGUCGACUUCUCCGGCCGCGGUGAGCUGGCGGAGCGGCAGCAGAAGCUGGCCAAGAUGCUGAGUCAGCUGAUCAAGAUCGCGGAGGAGUUCAACGUGGCCGUGUACAUCACGAAUCAGGUGGUCGCCGAUCCUGGCGGUGCAUCGAUGUUCGUGUCGGACCCGAAGAAGCCCGUGGGCGGCCACAUUCUCGCCCACGCCUCCACCACCCGUCUCUCUCUCCGCAAAGGUCGCGGCGACCAGCGCGUGUGUAAGAUCUUUGACAGCCCCUCGUUGCCGGAAGUGGAAUGUGUGUACAGCAUCUCAGAGCAGGGCAUUGUCGAUGCCAUCGAAUAG